AUGUGUCGACGCGGGAUAAUUUCACCUGUUGGAAUGGGUGACGAUAUCGCACGGGAGCGCCUGAACCUCGAUAUCGAGCAUAGGCUGCCACAUCUUAUAUCACUAACACGCUGGGCUACAGACUUCUGUACUGGUUCGUGGCACCAUACGAGAGUCACAGCCCCCGCGACUGGGGGCCGGAUCGGCAGCAGCACAGCUACUUAUGGCAGGGGCAACUUCAGCUUGGAUGAAGUUCACAUGGUCUCCUCAGGCCUCUGCGACGACUGA